CAAGGAGGAACUUAACUUUACAAAGCCCACGAGUUCAUGAUACGAAUAAUAAAAUAGUUCACUCGUCAAGAGCAGUCACUGCACUCUUAGCAGAUCAUCAUCCGGGGCAGCAACGGAUUGAGUGUUUUUUUUAUUUGUCUGCCAUCGGCAGCUGCUGGGAGAACGAAGUGUGUGAAUUUAGGAUGGUCGUCCUAAGACUGCUUUUUGUCGGAGUUACCGUAAUAUUUCUGGAUGGGACACUAUGCAGAGGUUACACGCAGAAUUUGGCUAAAGGCAAACCCGCCUACCAAAGCUCCACCUAUCGAAAUGAGUACGGUGUGUACAAUGCCAGUCGUGCCGUGGACGGUAACUAUGACGACGACAAUCGCAAUGGGAGUUGUGCCCACACUGGUUCUGGCCAGGGCCAAUGGUGGCUGGUGGACUUAGAAACCACGGCGAGAGUGGCCGGUGUCAUAAUAACAAACCGUGGCGAUGGAUAUUCUGACCGUCUGAAUAAUUUCGAAGUGAGAGUUGGAACCUGUUUUGUGGAUAGUUCAUCAUUCACCCAGUACAAACUCUGCGCCAGUUACCCGGGGGCGGCACCUGUGGGGAACACGUCUCUGUCCUGUGGGUCACCACUGAGAGGACGAUAUGUCUUGAUCAUUAAAGUUGGCAAUGACAACCAUCACUUGCAGCUUUGUGAAGUGGAGGUUCAUGGUAUUACCAGUGAAACUACGUCCCAGAGGGUAGCAGCAGGUGCGCGCGCACCCCUUGUGCCCAUAUCCACGCUGAAUGUCCGCAGCAUCACCGAAUGUUGCAGUUCUUGUAUGCAACAGUGGAAGUGUGCUGCCAUAAACGUUCUCUGUGCUGGAAAUGACCAAUGUGUCUGUGAACUUCUGCCCAGUACUGCCCAGUCCGGCGACUUGCAGGCAGACACUGGUUCUGAAUAUUAUGAGGACAUCUGCUUGGGUACAUUGUAAGACGAGACAGUCUAAUAAAUGUGGCUAAAUCACUUUCAGAAAUACCCCAGGGAAGCAUUCAUGACUACGUAACACUUGCCUUUUAAGUAUUUCCUAUCGUUGUGAAACAUUAAAACGAUAUUGAAUAUACAGACUUGACAUUUAAUAUGGAAUAUUUUUUCCAAAUCAUUUUUCAUCAGAUUUUUCCUAUUUUACUGAUUGAUAAAUGGAAAUAAGGAUUAAAAUCGUGUUUUAAUAUCUUUUAAUUAUCUUUUUGAUGUCAUUAUGACAUCAGUUCAAUUCGCCAGUGAAGCAAACAAAAAUACAUUGCCUAUUCUAUGGCGUACGACGACCA